AUGGCGGCAGAUGAUAAAGUUGCUAUCUUAACUGAUGAUGAAGAGGAACAGAAGAGAAAAUAUGUGCUAGCUGAUCCCUUUAAUGGUGUUUCCAGGGAACCAGAACCACCUUCAAAUGAAACACCCUCCUCCACAGAAACAGCUGCUAUUCCUGAGGAGGAAAUAGACUGGAUAGAGAAACAUUGUGUUAAAAUAAACAACGAUCUUCUAAUUUCCAAGGUCUUUUAUUUUUUCUUCUACUCUGCCUAUGGCUCUCUCUACCCGCUUUUGCCUGUGUACUAUAAACAGCUGGGAAUGUCACCCAGCCAGAGUGGACUGCUGGUAGGUAUUCGAUACUUCAUUGAAUUCUGCAGUGCCCCCUUUUGGGGUGUAGUUGCAGACCGCUUUAAAAAAGGCAAAAUUGUCCUGCUCUUUUCUCUUUUAUGUUGGGUUCUAUUCAACCUGGGCAUUGGAUUUGUCAAACCCGCUACCUUGAGAUGUGUACCAAAGAUUCCCCCAACAGCUCGCCCCACCAAUGCAAGUGAACAGUUAACCAUCCUGCCAACGCAUUCUUCCGUUACCUCUUUCCUUACCAUAUCACCAAAAAUACGUGAGAAACGGGACCUGCCUCCUACCUAUUGGCCAUCGUUGUUAGAAACAGGGCCCAACGUCUCAGAUGCUGUUAUUGUUUCAGCAGCUCCAAACAAGACCAGUGAACCCACUCUGCAGCCCCAGACACAUGGAAUUACUCACCAGAUUAUGGACUUUACCUUGAGCUCAAGCACAGCUACUCCUACCCGCCCAGGAAAUGUAACCAGGGAGACAACCACUGCUAUUGUCACGACCACCAAAUCUUUACCUUCUGACCAAGUCACUCUUGUGUAUGAUCAACAAGAAGUUGAAGCUAUAUUCUUGGUGAUCUUGGUAGUUGUCAUCAUAGGAGAAUUUUUCAGUGCCUCUUCUGUCACGAUUGUAGACACAGUAACACUCCAGUAUCUGGGAAAACACAGAGACCGCUAUGGGUUGCAGCGCAUGUGGGGCUCCUUGGGCUGGGGCCUGGCGAUGCUGUCCGUGGGCAUCGGGAUUGACUACACCCAUGUAGAUGUGCUUAUCGAUGGAAAGGGGUGCAAGCCCCCUGAGUACCGGAACUACCAGAUCGUCUUCAUCGUCUUCGGAGUACUCAUGACCAUGGCCUUGAUCGUGGCUACUCAGUUCCGGUUCCGCUACAACCACUUCAAAAAUGACGAUAAUAAAGGGAAAGAGGUGGAGAUCCCUCAGGUGGAGAGGAACACCUCCACAGAGUCCUCUGAGGAGACCCCGACCACCACAAGCCACUCGCAGGCCUUCAACUUUUGGGACUUAAUCAAACUGCUCUGCAGUGUGCAGUACGGCUCAGUGUUGUUCGUGGCUUGGUUUAUGGGUUUCGGAUAUGGCUUCGUGUUCACCUUUCUCUACUGGCAUUUGGAAGACCUGAAUGGAACUACAACCCUCUUUGGGGUCUGUUCAGUCCUGAGUCAUGUGUCCGAGCUGACAGCUUAUUUCUUUAGUCACAAGCUUAUUGAAUUGAUUGGCCACAUCAGGGUUCUGUACAUUGGCCUGGCCUGCAAUACAGCUCGCUAUAUUUAUAUUUCCUACCUGGAAAAUGCCUGGACUGUUCUCCCCAUGGAAGUUCUUCAAGGAGUGACACAUGCGGCCAUCUGGGCAGCAUGCAUCUCUUACCUAAGUGCAGCUGUUCCCCCUGAGCUGAGGACGUCUGCUCAGGGCAUCCUGCAGGGCCUUCACCUGGGUUUGGGGCGAGGCUGCGGUGCCAUGAUUGGAGGCGUGUUAGUAAAUUAUUUUGGGGCUGCUGCAACCUUCCGAGGAAUUGGCAUGGCCUGCCUGGUGAUCCUCCUGCUCUUUGCCCUGAUCCAGUGGCUGGCAGUGCCAGAUGAGGAAGAAGAUAAGACAAUGUUGGCAGAAAGGAUUCCUGUUCCCUCUAGUCCCGUUCCCAUAGCAACUAUCGACUUGGUGCAGCAACAGACAGAGGAUGUUAUGCCACGCGUUGAGCCCAGACUUCCACCCAAAAAAACCAAGCACCAAGAAGAACAGGAAGAUGUGAACAAACCAGCCUGGGGGGUCAGCUCUUCUCCCUGGGUGACAUUUGUCUACGCACUCUACCAAAUCAAAGAGAUGAUGCAACUAACAAGAGACAACCGUGCUUCUGAGAUACAGCCUUUACAGGGGACCAGUGAGAAUCAGGAAGAUUCUCCAGCUGGUAGAGCCUGGCCUGUCCCACGUGAGUCUCACUCUGACCCAUCUAGAAACCAGCCAUCCCCUGACGCAGCAGCAUCUCAGACACAGACUAGCCCCCCUCACCCCAGCGUGGACCCGCGCGUGGAGAGCAAGGAGCAGCAGGCUCAGCCAGCUGCGGGAGGACGCUGAGGGCAUCCUGCUCAUCUCACACCCUGCAUGGAAUCGGGCUCCUCGGCGGGACACAGGGCCAGGCCCCCAGUGAGGAUACACUUCCCCUGGAGGAGCACAGCACCACAUAUGCUUCUAAAUACUCAAGCUCAUUAACAUGGAAACACACAUACAUAGGAGCUACAGUACAUACUGGCGGGAAAAGGUAAACUUCUGUAAUCCCAUUGGAGUUACAGCAGGGAAAUGGAGUUCAACGAGGACUUUCAGUUCUUGGUUGGUUAGGUUGAGGACAGCAGGACUUCUCUGCCAGUGCAGUUAGAGUUGAAACCAGCAGUUACACUAAGUGGGCAGAGGGAACAAAAGUGUUUCAAGGUGAAUGUUGAUAUAAUUUCCCUCUUCUGAUUAUUUAUUCUAAUUAUUUGGUUCUUAAUGCAAAUUGGGAAGAAACAGAAUACAUCUGUUUCACAAAAACACAAAAACAUAAUUUUGUUUUUCUUGGAGAGGACCAUUU